AUGUCCAAUAUUCCUGCUUGUUUCCUUGGCUCUGCCCAGACUGAAAAUGUACUUGAAGACUUAAAAAAUGGGUACUUUCGAGUGUUAUACAUGACUCCUGAAUUCUGCUCUGGAAAUACAAAUUUACUUAAACAACUCAAUCAUGACGUAGGGAUUACUUUAAUAGCAGUGGAUGAGGCUCAUUGUAUAUCUGAAUGGGGUCAUGACUUCCGGAGUGCAUACAGAAAUCUUGGAUUAUUAAAAGAAUUGCUUCCUAAUGUCCCCAUUGUAGCCUUAACCGCUACUGCAAGUCCUUCCAUUCGACAGGAUAUAAUCAAAAGUUUGAACCUGGAUAACCCUCAGAUCACAUGCACUAACUUUGAUCGACCAAAUCUCUUCCUGGAUGUUCAUCAGAAAUCUGGAAGCAUAAUCCAAGACAUAAAGAAGUUCCUUAUUAAAAGGAUGU